CACAAGAUAUAUUGCACAAUUUAAAUUGCAUAGUAUCAUACAGGAAAUUGCAUGCAAAAUUACAUUGCAACAAAUUAUUGCAUCAAAAAUAGAACCGGUGCUAUUUUUUAUGCCAGUUUCAAUGCAAUUUUAAAAUGCGCGUGCGCCGCUCGUUGAACAUGUGUUUUCAGAUCAGCUGUUUAGUGUUUUUCGAGGUGUUUUGUUUGACAAAAUCUGUCUUGUCUUGUUAAUUCCUUCAUUUAGUUAUUUGUGUUGCCAGUUUUGCGUUAAAAUGUCGUGGACACAUGAACAGAUUUCUUGUCUUAUUGACUUAUACAAAAUGCAUCCGUGUUUGUAUGUGGUAAAGGACAAAAACUACCACAACAAGCAUGUCCGAAAUGCUGCUCUGCUAACCAUACUUAAUAACAUUAAACCGAUAAGACCAGUUACCUCAGAAGCUGAUGUCCAAAAAAAAUUUCAUGGAUUAAGGACAACGUACGCAAAUGAGAGAAGGAAACAUUUAGCGAGUAUACACAGUGGAAUGGCCGAAAAUGAGGUUUACCAUCCGUCGCUGUGGUAUUAUGAAAAAAUGGAUUUCCUGGACGACCACCUUGUAGUCAGGAAAUCUAAUUCAAACUUUUUAUUGCCCGAGGAGGGCAAUGAAACAUCACAAACACAGGAGGAAGAUUUACUGGAUUCAUCAAUUAAUGAAACUAUUGUGGAACAGUAUGAAGUAGAUGACCAAGGAGUAUUGGUACCUUUAUCACCAGAAAUUUCCUCAGAUUUAAUACCAGAUCAUCAGAGGUCAGGAUGCAGUGGGUUAAAAAGAAAAGGCAUUUCAGUUGACACCAGACCUAGCACCAGACCAUCAUCAGCGGGAAGUGGCUCAUCUUGUCAUCAGAAUGAUUUGGAACUUGGACUUGGUGGAUUAAAAAAAAGAAGUCUUUCAGUUGAUAACAGGUCUUCAUCUGCAACAGGUGCAAAAGGAAAAAGUAAAAAGGCAGAAGACCCAGACCUAAAAGUGUUAGAAGCUGUGUCUUCAAGCCUUGAGGGAAUUACUGAUGCGCUUAAGCCAGGUCUCAAAAGCAGUGAAGAUAUAUUUGGGGAGUUUGUAGCUUCACAACUAAAAAAAAUAAGAAAUGAAAACAAAAGAUUGACAGUGCAAUAUAAUAUUCAUACUGUUUUGCACGAGGCAUUAUUGAGUUAAUAUUUUACAAGAUAUUUUAUGUUA